UAAUUUUGAAUAAGUUAGGCUUCAAGAGGUUAUUAACUUAUAGGUAUCAAUCAAGCUGAGACAAAUUAGUGUUUUCAUUCCAAUUCGUGUACAUUAAAUCAAUGUUUAUAACUAGCAGCAUAAUAAGUACUACAGUAUAUUGGAAUUAGCAUUGAUUACCUAACGAAGUGAAAUAGGACUUUCAUGCUAGCCUAGUGUAGUGUAGUAGUAGUGGGCCCAUUCGAAGUUAAAACUAACUCAUAAUACCAAAACUAAUCAAGGUUGGACAACCCUCAGUUAAGAUAAAACAGAAAACUGUCGUCCCCAAGUCAGACAUACGGCAUGCUACCCGCGGGGAUGAUGCCCGGGAGGGUAGGAAUAAUGCCAGAACAAAACAACCCGCUUCAAAUGUCCUGGCAUGAUAGCAGUUGGGUUCCUAUAUUGAACCCGACUAACAUUAUGGACUACUUUUCUGACCGCAACAACCCAUUCUACGACCGAACAUGCAACAACGAGAUCCUUAAAAUGCAACGGGCAAGCCUGGACCAGCUCAAUAACAUGACGGGUUACGAGUACAUACUAUUGCAUGUUCAAGAUCCAAUCUUGUACGUUGUCCGCAAGCAACACCGCACGUCCCCCACACAAGCAACGCCACUUGCAGACUAUUACAUCAUCGCAGGCAUCAUUUAUCAAGCUCCAGAUCUCUCCAAUAUCAUAAAUUCAAGAAUUCUGGCGUCAGUGCAUCACCUGCAGUCAGCGUUAGACGAGGCGAUGGGCUACAGCAGGUACCACCCUAGCAAGGGAUACACCUGGGAGUUGAGAGGCGACACGACCAAAGUGAAGAAAGAGACGCAACGUGAGGAGCCGAGCUCAGUGUUCCAGAGACAGAGAGUGGAUAUGUUGUUGGGGGAGUUGAUACAUAAGUUCCCUUUGCCGAUAAUGCAGCCGCCUCCGGCCACCAAACCACCUCCUUCUGAACCGGAAAUAAAAACCGAACCAAGAGAAAUUAAACAGGAGAUUAAACAAGAAAGUAUGAAACCUCCACCAGAGAAGAAACCAAGACUAAACUAAAGUGAGGUAUGCGUUUAUUUAUGGCCAAUACUUAUUUAUCUGUAAAUAUGAAUUAAAUACCCUUUUAUAUGUAGCCUAUAUAGCCAUCUGGUAUUUUUUCUACCUGACUCUAAAGUAAACCUCUACAAGUAAAAGUAAAAUACAUUAGUGUACUUUCAUGUUUAAAUUUAGUUGAUAGCUUUUAAUAAAUUGUCUCAAGAGCUCAAAAACAGAAUACAGUCUAAGCAUUUCAAGAGCAGCCUUACUAAUUUUCUUUUAAGGAAAACAUAUUAUAGUAUAGAUGAGUUUUUAUGUGAUCAAGAUGUGUAAUUAUUUGGUAUUUUAAAUGCAAUGUUUAAGUUUAUCUAUUUUGUCUACAACAAUUAUUUCUAUUUUCAUAGCGUUAGUUUAUUUUAUUCUUUUAUAACUCCUUAGUUUUAAGGUAUUUGUAUACUGUAUUGACAAUGUCACCUGUUUUAUAGCAUUGCUAUAUUUUGUAAACGUUAUGUGACAAUAAAGAUUUAUUUAUUUAUUUA